GAGAGGCAAGCUGCCCGCUUGAAGCGCCGAGCAGAACGACUAGCCCCGCCGUCACGUACGCAUAGCAGCUCUGUGGGUACUAGGCAAAGCUACACUAUCUCUAGCGAUGCAUCAUUACUGCGAACACGCGGGUCCAGUGUCCCGACGGACAGCACCGACAGUCUCCGCCGACCUCCCGUAGCAUCCGCAUCAUCCGCUACGGCUGUCGCCAUGAGCACGCGUCGCAGCUCCAGUGCGCGCAGUCCGCGAGACAUCAAUGUUUUGGUGGAUAAGCUAUUAGGCAAGGUGCAUGGCGCGCCGUCCGCCAUCACUACGCGCCGCACGGUCGUCCGUCUCCAUGACGCCGUAUCUACAGCUCCACAGACAGAUGCAUUUUCAGUUCUGGAGAAGAUCAAGCGCAAGAUCGCGACAGACGCGCCGCAGUUCUAUGCCGAUUCUCACGAGACAGUAACACGACUCAAUGAGGUUUACUCGCGCUUCGUCAAGUUUAAGAACCUGGAUAAGAAAACUGAGGCGUUGUUGCUGCUGUACGGCCUGAUGGACACCGCUCCGCCUCCACUGCACACCGAGGAGGUUCACCACCGUCCAGAAUUUGCAGCUACAAGCAUGGACAAUUACUCGACAGCACCUACACCUAUUGAUGUCGACAGCUCGAUGUCUGAGGGCUAUGGAGACCACCACCGGUCUCAGUCGAUGCCAGCUGUGUCAUUACAUUUAGGUGCACAAAACUCAGCACCUGUUCCGUCGAUGGAGGAGUCCAAAACGGACUUGGAUUCAUUGGAAGAUUCGUUUAAAUUUGCAGUGGGAAUUGCUCCCGCGCACAAACCAAGGCAAGGAAGAAGCACCAGCCCUCGUUCACAUUCAGAAGCGCUCAAUGGAGCCAGAGGACGCUCGUCUUUCGACGUACCAGAGGAGGUUCUUCUGCGCGACGUUCUGUACGCGUUGCAAGCUAUCGAGUCGCGCUAUUUGUACUUUGACGACGCAGCCGACCGCUUUCAGAUUACGAGAAGUGUCGGCGUCCCAACGCCCAUGCGUGAGCUGAUCCACAUGUUGUGCGAUCUUGGCUGGAUCUUCCGCAAGAUUUCAGAGUAUAUCAAAAAGCAUCGUGAGGAGCUGGCGUUUGGCUUGGUGGGACAAAGCUUCUGUCAUGUGCUCAACACCGAGCUAGUAGAUUACUUCCGGUUGAUCGCUGUACUGGCAGCGCAGAUUGAUGAAGAUGCUGAAACGAGGCAGCCACAUGAACGUCGAGUUAGCAGCCUGACGCUGCGGACGUUAAUCGUCUGGCUUCAGGAUCCACUUGACAGAAUGCGGCUGAUGGCUCGUCUUAUCGACAGUGUUGACGGACUUCGUGGCGGAGCGCUUGCGUCUGGCAUUCACUCGCACGUACUGCAUGGCGAUCCAGACGUGUCACAGUCCGUUCAACGAGUACUGAAGCAGAUUGCUGCCCCAAUCGUUCGGAUGAUUAAACGGUGGGUCUUCGAAGGCGAGCUGGAAGAUGUGCAUGGUGAGUUUUUCGUGGUGGCAGAUUCCACCGUGAGUGAUGAUCAGUUCUGGGCCAAGAAGUACACGUUGAACUUGAAGAUGCUCCCCACAUUCAUUCCCAUAGAGCUUGCGAAGAAGAUCUUGGUCAUUGGGAAGAGUAUCAACUUCAUUCGCCAGUGCUGUGGGAAUGCCGAUUGGGUUAUGGACGCUGCACAAGAGACCGCCGUGAUCGGAAUGGACACAGCGCAUGAAGGAGCCUAUUUCGCAGAGUUGAAGCGACUUGAAACAGUGAUUGAAAGUGUGUCAAACUCUACCAACGAGUAUCUGAUUCGCACGUUGACGGAGAAAUAUCGGCUUUUGGAUCACUGCCAAGCAUUAAAGCGUUAUUUGCUACUGGGACAGGGUGACUUUAUUCAAUAUUUAAUGGAUCUUCUAGGACCGGAGCUGUCAAAGCGUGGAGCACAAGUCUACCGCCAUACGCUGACAAACGUUCUGGAAACAGCGCUAAAUGCUUCGAACGCAAAGUUUGAGUCUCCAGAUAUUUUAGGGCGUCUAGACGUUGAACUACUGCAGGGAUCAUCAGCGGACACUGGUUGGGAUAUCUUCUGCUUGCACUACAACCUGCAAGCGCCAGUGAAUAGUGUCAUUCCUGCGUCUUCGAUGCUGCAAUACCAGCAAAUCUUCGACUUUUUGUGGCGAAUGAAGCGCGUUGAGCAUUCACUGUCUGCAUCUUGGUCAAAGGAUAUGAAUCUUGGGCAUGAGGUCCAGGGCUGUGUGCCUGGUAUUAGACCUGUGCUUCACAGGAGCCAACUCGUGCGAUCGGAGAUGAUCCACUUUAUAACGAACCUUUUGAACUACAUUAUGUUCGAGGUUCUGGAGACGGCGUGGCAUAAGUUGGUGAAAGAUCUGAACGCUGCCAAAGACUUAGAUGGCCUCAUCGAAAGCCACGCGGCGUACAUAACCUCCAUCAAGAAGAACGGCUUUAUGAUGAAGGACUCACGAGACCUUCUGAAACAGCUGAAGCUCAUCUUUGCAACGAUCAUCCGAUUCUGCAAGGCACAGGAGAAUUUAUACACGACUGCGAUGCACGAAAAGCACGUGGAGGAGAGGCAUCAGCAACUGAUGCAGCACCAGGAGCUUGGCAGCUCGUGGGGAAUACCAGAGGAAGAUGAGUACAGUGUGCGAGCAGAACGAGACACGUUUGGGUCCAACUCGAAGAUCUUGCGGCAGAUCGAAGAAAUCGCGGAAGACUUCAGCGGCCAGUUCCUAGAACUCCUCGAAAUCGUCAAGAAGAACUCAGUUCGAGGAUCACAAAGUCUUUCGUUCCUCAUGUCCCGCUUCGAUUUCAACGAAUUCUACUUAAAAAAGACUACGCCUGUUAUGGAUGCAGACGAAUAG